AUGUUGUUUGCACUGGGACUGUUUUGCUUCUCGCUGGUGUCGGCUCAGUUUAAUCCACACUUUAAAACCGGACGCCACACGAUAGUGCAGCUGUUUGAGUGGCGUUACGAAGAUGUCGAGCGCGAGUGCCGCACAUACCUCGGUCCGAACGGAUUCGGUGCGGUUCAGCUAUCCCCGGUGAACGAGGUGCGCGAUGGAGGUAAGUCUGCUAGUUGGGCAGAUCGUUAUGAACCUGUUUCGUACAAGCUGACAAGUCGCUCGGGAAACGAGUCAGAAUUGCGGUCGGCAAUAGAGGCCUGCAACAAGGCCGGUGUUCGAGUGAUAGUAGAGGUGGUGCUGAACCAUAUGGCACGGCCGGAAAAUGGAUCCCUAACACAAACCCGUGGAACGGCUGGCUCUACCGUGAAUCCUACCGCACGUGAUUAUCCAGGUGUACCGUACAGUUCGACAGAUUUUAACGAUCGCUGCCGUAUCGUGAACCCGAACGAUCCACACGAAUUGCGCAACUGUUGGAAGGAAGACCGACCCGAUCUAAACCACAGUCUGCUGCGUGUUCGUGAUCGUAUAGUGGGCUUCCUCAACCAACUGUUGACGUUCGGUGUAGCGGGAUUCUUAGUCGAUUCGGCGCUUUAUAUGUGGCCACACGAUCUGCAGGCUAUAUUUACCAAGCUGCACAACCUGAGCACGACGGGCCAAAUCUUUCCGGCAGGUAGUCGACCGUUCAUCUGUCUCGAUCUAUCUUACCACGGCUUAACCGGAGCCGAGAAAUCGCUGCUGGCCAGAUGGAAAGAUUACGCCGAACUCGGAGUGAUCGCACAAGACCGUUUUGCGUACGACAUUGGAGAUGUGUUGCUAAAAAGAAAACCCUUCCAUUACUUCGUCAACUUGGGCACCCGACUUGGGUAUGUACCACGGGAGAAGGCACUAAUAUACGUCAACAAUCCCCAGCUUCAACGAAUACAGGACAAGGAUGGUAAUCCAUUGGUCGUGCCGGCACACAACCGAAGAGCGUACCAAAUCGGGCUUGCCUUUAUGCUUGCACAUCGGUAUGGAAUGACGCGUAUUACAAGUUCGUACUACUUUACCACGACUUUCGAAGGUCCUCCGAGCGAUGCGCAAGGUAAGAUUGCGCCUGUUCAGAUCGAUCCAGACGGGGCCUGCCGCUUACCAUGGAUCUGUGAACAUCGAUGGCCCGUUGUGAGGAAGAUGGUUUACUUCCGGCAUGCCACCAACGGCACGGGUGUUCAUGCGUGGGUUGAUAAUGGCCAGAACCAGAUAGGGUUCUGUCGUGAUCGUGUUGGAUUUGUGGCAUUCAAUGCGGAGAUUUCACUGACACUCAAGGCAAACAUGUACACGUGCCUGCAGGGAGGUCUAUACUGUGAUCUGAUCAGCAGCGCGGACCAAAAGCUAAAUGCUAAUGGAGGUUGCCCCGGAAGCACCGUGAAAGUGGCCGCUACGGGUCACUCAGACAUUUUCAUACCCAGUACACACGUUGAACCAUUUAUAGCACUCCUAGCAACUUUCCACUCGUAA